CUGAAAUGGCAGGACUACGUAUGAAUAGUAUCAGUCAGUGAGAAGCCUGGCUUACUAUUCGCUAGGUGUCUGUGACGGAAAUCAGCCGAAAAUCAGAAAUCCAUCACUGCUGUCCUCAAGGUCGCGCGCGUAGGGCAUCGAGGGGGACGCACUAGGGUUAGAUUCCCAGAUGAAGAUUUGAUGAGGGGGGUGACUGCGCAGUAAUACGUAACACUAUAUAUGUCACGGGAUGCUCUGCAAAACUGGGCAAGGGCAUUCAGAGAAAAAAUAGGAUGCGUACGUGUCGCUUUGGGGGCUCCUUUGCUCAACUGGGAAACGAUCGAGGUUCUUCAUGGGGUACGUGCAGCUGGACGGUCGGCGACUGGAUUAAUUGAGAGGCGAUCGCUGCUUGGUAACAGUACUGAGCCAGACUGGAUUAUAAAAGACAAGAAUUCAGCAUUCGGAGACAUUUCACGAAAUACACUGGAUUUUGUACAGGCCAGAGAGAUUCUGACAACACACUGAGGGAACAUUCCGGAUUCUGCUAUUAGGGCUGCCGAAGACUUAACCGUAAAAAUGGACGGCCAGAAGAAACAGCAGGUGACGUGCUACCUCGUCUUCUCUGUCUCCAUUGUGGUCAUCGGCUCUCUGCAGUUUGGCUACAACACUGGGGUCAUUAAUGCCCCUGAGCAGAAACUGCGAGCCUUCUUCAACAGCACCUGGGUGGGGCGCUAUGGGCAGCCCAUCAGCCCCGGGGUGUGCACGCUGAUCUGGAGCCUGUCAGUGGCCAUCUUCAGCGUGGGCGGCAUGGCUGGAUCCUUCAGUGUGGGCGUCAUGGCAAACACCUUUGGCCGGCGGAAUUCCAUGCUGAUUAUCAAUGUCCUGGCCCUGAUUGGUGCAGUCCUGAUGGGGCUGUCCACUCUCUGCGCCUCCUUCGAGAUGGUGAUAGCAGGGAGGUUGGUGAUUGGCCUGUUCUGUGGCCUGUGCACGGGCCUGACUCCCAUGUAUGUGGGUGAGGUGGCCCCCACCGCCCUCCGCGGAGCCUUCGGGACUCUGCACCAGCUGGGAGUCGUGGUGGGGAUCCUGAUUGCGCAGAUCUUCGGCUUGGAGGCCCUGCUCGGUUCGGAGAUGCUCUGGCCGGUGCUUCUAUCCCUGACUGCUAUUCCAGCCCUGAUCCAGACUCUACUGCUUCCCUUCUGUCCCGAGAGUCCAAGAUUCCUGCUCAUCAACAGGAACCAGGAGGAACUCGCUCGCAAAGCCCUCGUGAGGUUGCGCGGUUGUGAGGAUGUCAGCGAGGACAUGCAGGAGAUGAAGGAGGAAAGCAUGAAGAUGGCCAUGGAGAAGAAGGUGACCAUACCCGAGCUCUUCCGCUCCCCGCUAUACCGGCAGCCCAUCGUCAUCGCCAUCAUGCUGCAGCUCUCCCAGCAGCUGUCCGGGAUCAAUGCCGUCUUUUAUUACUCAACCGGUAUUUUUGAGUCUGCUGGAGUGACCAAACCCAUCUACGCCACCAUCGGAGCCGGGGUGGUCAACACCGUCUUCACCGUGGUAUCGCUGUUUCUUGUGGAGAGGGCGGGUCGCAGAACACUCCAUCUUCUCGGCCUGGCUGGCAUGGCAGUCAGCGCCCUGCUUCUUACUAUUGCAUUACUAUUGAAGGACAUAGCGUCUCUGAGUUACCUCAGCAUCGUGGCAGUCUUCGCCUUCGUGGCCAUGUUCGAGAUGGGGCCAGGGCCCAUUCCCUGGUUCAUCGUGGCUGAGUUGUUCUCCCAGGGGCCUCGACCGGCCGCCAUGGCUGUAGCUGGCUGCUCCAACUGGACGUCCAACUUCCUUGUAGGAAUCAGCUUUCCCAAGCUGGUGGAAUGGUGCGGCCCUUACGUCUUCAUCAUCUUCAUGAUCUUUCUCAUCAUCUUCUUUGUCUUCACCUUCUUCCGAGUUCCUGAGACUAAAGGACGGACCUUCGAAGACAUCGCCCGUGGAUUCAGUGGGUCCGCCAACCCCGCCAGCCUGGGCCAGCCCCUCCCACAGCAGGAUGAAUCCACCCUGUCCGCUUCUCCUACCAAGGAGAAGGUUCCCUUAGAGAAUGUACCAGCCGAGGACAUGACAGAAACACCUCAGAAGCCCAGUAGCAACACAUAGGAAAGCCAGUCUACUGUCAGGCCCGUAAGGUGACAGUCAGUGUAACGAGGAUUGGAGAUAUGUGCGUUUUUUGUUGCUUGUUUUUUUGCGUUUUUUUUUUUUUUUGCGUAAAUGUGCGUGGAAUUUGAAUGUUAAACAUGCAUAAGUGGAAGAGAAAAGAGUUCAGCUUUCAAUAUGUGCAGAUUGGAUAGUCUAGUGUUUUAAUGAGAAAUAUUUGUGACUAUAUUUUGUGUUUAAUGUGUACAUAUAGUUUGAGUUUUGUUAAUUUACAAGUGUAAAUUAAUUUAUAAUUAAGUUACAUUUAUCACAACAUUUUAUGCAUCAGCAACACCAACAUAUCCAUUAGCUCACUGCGAUCGAUGCUGUUUGUUAUUUUCUUUUCUUUUCUUUACUUAAAAUUACAGACGCUCCUUUACUUACGAACUUUCAGACAUACAAAUGAAGAGGACUGUAAGUCCAAAUUGUGUUCAUUAGGCUCCCGU